CUAUAGAGGAAACAAAUCAAACAUGGCUAAAGCUCAAAUAUGUAUCUGUUUCAUCAUCUUCUUUUACCUUUGGUCAGGAAAUUGCAUGGAAGUCAAUGAAACGAGUUCGGGAAGCUGGUGUGUCGCUAAACCUUCAACGUCUAAUGAUAAACUUCAAGAAAACAUAAAGUUCGCGUGUUCGAAAAUCGAUUGUCAGAGUAUAUCGAAUGGAAGUGCAUGUUAUUCUCCAGAUAGUAUCAUCAGUCGUGCUUCUGUUGCCAUGAAUCUUUACUACCAAUCUCAAGGAAGACAGUAUUGGUACUGCAAUUUCGAAGGAUCUGGUUUCAUUGCCUUAACUGACCCUAGUUAUGGAAAUUGCAUUUACCAAUUUCGUAAGUAAACAUAUCGAGCUUCGACUUUUGUUGCAAGAAGAUAGAGGAAGAGGACCGUAUUUAAAAAUAUUCCAUAAUAAAAUUAUUUGAAGUUUGAAUGUUUCGAUUUUUCAACAGUUAUAUGUUUGAGUCCGGAUAUGUGGUCAUUGUCAAAGCAAUACAAAUAUACUUCAGUACUUCAUCUA